GUGGCCAAGCAGCACAAGGAGACGACGAAGCUGCUGCAGGUUGGCACCAGCGAAGAGGGCCGUCAGAUUCUUGGAAUCCAGUUUGGCGUAAACCCUGCGAACCCGUACGUCGUCAUCGAUUCGGGGAUCCACGCCCGAGAAUGGACGGCCAUCCACGUGGCCUAUUUCCUCGUCGAGCAGUACAGCAACGGACUGUCGGAGGGCGAUCUGCAAGUUCGGGCGCUGGUGGACGCCUUCAACAUUGUCAUCAUCCCGGUGCUGAACCCCGAUGGGUUUAGUUUUACUUGGGAUGCGGAUGAGCAGCCUUUUAAGCACCGUCUUUGGCGCAAAAACCGUUCGCCAAAGCGCUGCACUGCCGAAGGCCGCUGCUGCGAGGGCGUCGACCUGAAUCGCAACUGGGACCUCGCCUUUUCCGCCAGCCAGGAUCCGUGCAGCGAUGUUUAUGCCGGACCAUCACCAUUCAGCGCCUCCGAGACCAGGACGUACAGUCGUUGGCUGCGAACUUUGCCGGCUCUUGAGGCCUACAUCACGCUCCACUCUCACGGCCAAUUGUGGCUCUACCCCUACGCCUACGCUCAGAACACCUACACGCGAAACGUCGAGCGCACGAUCUACGUUGCGCAGAAGGCCAUCGACGCCAUUUACGCGUAUAACGGUACCCGCUAUGGUCACGCUACGCCCGCCGACGCUCUCUAUACCUCCACCGGCUCUUCGAUGGAUUGGGUGGAGCGCGAGCUGGAGCCCGAAUUUGCCUACACGAUCGAAGUCCGGCCAGUGACACAAGAAUACGGCUUCAUCCUGGAAAAGGAUCUCUUGUUGCCGGCGUCCAAGGAAAUUGCCAUCGGCAUCAACGUAGUUUUGACGGAGGCGAUGGGCUUCCGGCAGACGCCGUUCCGCUUCACCGGCUCAACCCCGAAGCCCCAGAAACAUAUCCUGGAGCAACGCGACCCACCGGUCGACGAGCCGCUCGACGAGAAUUGGAUGAAGUGGCUGAACGACAAC